CCCCCCCCCCGAUGAGUUUGAUGACAGUUAAACCUGCAGAAACAACCAGAAAAAUAGCAUUGGAAACUUUUUUUCCAAAGCUUCUUUUCUCUUUCAUGAACAACUGCUGUGUCUUUCUGUGUGUGUUCAGUGUGUGUUUGUGAUCAACUGAUGGGGCCCACACCUAAAUGAAGACCUAGGUGUCAACUUUCCUCUUCCAAACUCCAAUUCUAUUUUCAUCACCAUUUGUUCUUGCUUGCUUCUUUCUAACGUUUCAGUAUUUUGUCUACACUCAUCAUCACCACACACCAAUACAGUUUUCUUCUAUAUAUUAACUGGAUUACAUGUUUUCUUCAUCUGGGUAUCUUUCUUUUUUCCUGUUGAAGCAUAAAGUUUGUGUCUUUAUGAGAUUUUGUUCAAGAUGGUGACAAAUAUGUAGCAAAUUUCAACUGGGUGUUGAUUUUUUUUAAAAAAGAUUGUAACUUUGAGAUACCCAUGUUGAGUUAAGUUUACAAUCUUGUGGGUUUUUUUUACUUUUUUACAAAUGUUGGUAAAAUCUUGAUUGUUUAGUAAAUUUCAAUUGGGUAUUGAAUAUUUAAGAAAAAGAUUGAAAAUUUGAGAUACCCAUGUUGAGUUAAGUUUACAAUCUUGUGGGUUUUUUUACUUUUUUACAAAUGUUGGUAAAAUCUUGAUUGUUUAGCAAAUUUCAAUUGGGUAUUGAUUUUUGAGGAAAAAGAUUGUAACUUUGAGAUACCCAUGUUGAGUUAAGUUUAGAAUCUUGUGGGUUCUUUACAAAUGUUGGUAAAAUCUUGAUUUUUUAGCAAAUUUCAAUUGGGUAUUGAUUUUUUGAGGAAAAAGAUUGAAAAUUUGAGAUACCCAUGUUGAGUUAAGUUUAGAAUCUUGGGUUUGUUUUGUUUUUUUUUUUUUUACAAAUGUUGGUAAAAUCUUGAUUGUUUAGUAAAUUUCAAUUGGGUAUUGAUUUUUGAGGAAAAAGAUUGAAAAUUUGAGAUACCCAUGUUGAGUUAACUUUAGAAUCUUGGGUUUUUUUUUUUUUUUUUUGUAUUUUUUUACAAAUGUUGGAAAAAUCUUGAUUGUUUAGCAAAUUUCAAUUGGGUACUGAUUUUUGAGGAAAAAGAUUGAAAAUUUGAGAUACCCAUGUUGUGUUAAGUUUAGAAUCUUGGGGUUUUUUUUUUUUUUUUACUUUUUUACAAAUGUUGGUAAAAUCUUGAUUGUUUAUAGGGUGAAGUGUUGGGGUUUCAAAAUCUUGAAAGGCAAGAUUGCAUGUCUUCUAAGGUGUUGAUGAUCACAUUCUUCAAGUAAUUAAGUUUGUAAUUGUUUCAAGGUAUAGGGUUAAAUUGACAACAAAGAAUGUGAAUCUUUAUUUGGGUGAAAAGAAGCAAAAAAAAAAAAAAAAAAAAAAAAAAAAAAAAAAAAAAGGGAAAAAAGUUUUGAUUCCUUGCCAACCAAAGAGUUACACAGUUGCUUGAACUUUACUCUGUUGUAAAGCUUGAGAAUUUGAAUUGGAAUGUUAUAGAUUUUCUCUAAAGAACAUUUGCCAGCUGCACAUUUGUUCUUGUUUGGUUCUUGUUUAUAUCAUCAAAGGCGUCGAAACCUUAGGCUUAGUGUCAUUUAUAAAAGCCGAAAAACUCUUCUUUCACAAUGGCAAAGAGAUCGAAAAGGCGCCAAAGACAACAAAAUAAAGAUCAUGCAGGUUGUAUGUGGGGAUUGAUUAGCAUGUUUGACUUCCGCCAUGGUCAAACCACUAGAAGACUGCUUUCGGAUAGAAGCAUAAUGACCAAAGAUAUUGACGCUGCAGAAGCGAAUAAGCUCAUGAGUUCCGAAGAAAGGCACGUAAACAUUGAGAAUGUUAUCGAAAGUGAGAAACCGACACAUGACGUCGUUAAGACAAGUGUGAAGGAACUCAUGGAAGAAGAGAUGGUCAGUGAGCAAGAUUCCGCAAACCAAACCGAUGGCGACGAAGUCGAAAAAACACUCUGUAUUAACUGUCAAAACUCAUCGCAAAAAGCGUCGAAAUAUAGUGAUCUUGAAGCUCUAAUGAAAGAGAUCGUGCUGAUUUAUCAGAGAAAGAACAACGAUGAUCUUGACGAAGGGCGAAACCAUACGUUCACCAUUGUCGAAGAAAAACUGACUGCGGCAGUUGAAGUGUUCAUGAAUGAAAAAUCAAGCGAGAAAAGCACGGACAAAACCGAACACUCGAAAGAUCUCAUCGACACAUUUCAGAUGUUAAGUUCUAACAAAGAAUUGUUCUUGAAACUUCUUCAAGAUCAAGCUUCAAUUACAGCAAAUGAAGACCAAAAGUCAAAGUCAACGGAAAAGUCAAACCGGUCAGAAAACAAGCUGAAACCGGACAUACCCUUGACUCGAAAACACCGAAACUUUUUCUUCAGAAGGAGCAAGUCACAGGAAAGUAUGCCGAUAAGCAGGAUUGUAAUAUUGAAGCCGAAUUCUCUCGAAAAUCAAUUCAAAGUGGAAAACGAAGUUCAUAGUGAAAGAUUUUCGUCCCAUUUUUCAUUCAUGGAAAUUAAAAAAAGACUUCGAAACGCUAUCGGAAAAGACUUAAAACCGGGAGGUAACGAAAAAACAGUUGGUGAAGGAAGUAAAGGAUGGAGUUCUCCGAAUAGAAACCAUUUUUACAUCGAAAAGUUUACGAAAAGGAUAGAAAGGGAUUCAAAGUUAAAAGAAUCCGAAAUAAAACAAAGAGAGAACGAUGAAAACAACGAAAACCUCGGUUCCAGUCGUCAUAUAUCUAACAUUUACACCGAAGCCAAGAAACAUUUAUCGGAGAUACUAACUGGUGGCGAUGAAGAUGCAGAUUUGACGAUGGAAGACGUACCGAAAACUUUAGGGAAGAUUCUCUCGUUUUCAGAUUACAAUUCUGUUUCUCCGGUUGUUAGUCCUAGAAAAGAAAACCAUCGUGAUUUGGUCAACGAGAGUCAACCAUGCGUGGUUAGUGUGGAUCUUGAAGACGAACCGAAAGCUCCUGAUGAAGUUUCGUCGUCUUCUGUGGUGGUAGAUAUGAGUCCUGAAGGAGUGUUAGAGAUAGAAAAAGCAGAAAACCGAGAAGAAAUGGCAGUCUUGGAUGAUUCUUGUGAACCAUGCAGCCCUUCAGAACGAACGGAUAAGAUUGUUGAUGUAUCGGAUGAAGAAAGAUCUCCCAAAUGCUUGAAAUUGGAUUCACCUGAAGAAAAUGAGUUUUCUUCUCCAAAUGGGCUUUCACAUUCGCACAUGGUCGAAGAACCCGAGAGUAGUGCCAGUGAUAAAACCGAGAGACCUAGUCCUGUAUCUGUUCUCGAGCCACUAUUUUCGGACAAUGAAGUUAGCCCUGCAAGUACCAACUUUCGACCCGUCGAAUACGCGCUUCAACCACUCCGCAUUCGAUUCGAAGAUCAAGAAUUAUGUACAAGAAACUGUGCGGAAAACGAAGAGUCCGCAUUCGAAUACGUUGAAGCAGUGCUACUAGCUUCCGAUCUCAACUGGGAUGAAUUCGAAAAAAGAUGGCUUUCAUCUAUGCAAAUACUCGAUUCGUCACUAUUUGAAGAAGUAGCAAUCUUUUCAAGCCGGCCCUCUUACGAUCAACGGCUCAUGUUUGACUCCACUAAUGAAGUUCUCGAAGAGAUAUGCGAUUGUUACCUUGAAUUCUUUCGUCAACUAUCGUUCAUCAAACAGAAAAUUCGACCUGUCCCUAAAGGCGCGAAUCUGAUAAACGAAGUAUGGGAAAGAAUAGAAUUACAUUUGAAAGAUAACUAUCCUCUUUCUUUGGAUCAACUUGUAAAGAAAGAUCUUGAAAUCUCAAGAACAUGGAUGGAUCUUAGUUCUGACUCGAGAGAAAUCGUGUUUGAGAUCGAUGAAUCAAUCUUUGACGAUAUGGUCGAAGAUACCCUCUUGAGUUUAGUCAAUGAUCGCGUCGAUAAUGAAACUUAACAUAAGUACUCACCGGAGAGGACGGGGCCCCGGGGGGGGGGGGGGGGGGGGGGGGAUGGUGUUCCCACACGGCGCCGGUCCUCGACGCAUGGGGGACGGACCCCAUACCCACCAGCCUAAGUAGAUGACAUUAUGUGUUCAUGUAGAGUUUUGUGUGUUUUGUUUGAGUGUGUUUUGUUGUUUGUUGAUAUACCAUCUUUCUUUUUUCGGUUAUUGUCACAUGUUAGUUGUAGUUACAAACUAUAUAAAUGGGAUUUCCCGCCAAAUAAUGUUUAAAGUUGGUUUUUUUUUA